AGAUGGCGGACCGUCAUCAGCAAGUAUUCGGUUUACAAUCGUCGCGCUCCGAGGAUUGAUCGCGGAAACGCGGUAUUGCCGGUAUUACAUUCGAGAUUACGGUCGCUGCGCGACAGCCUCGGCGAUCUCCGCUCGUCGAGGGAAAAGAAACCGUGCGCGAUCGCGGCGAUGUGGCGCGAGUUUUGGCCGCGCGCGCUCCUGACGUGCGCGAUCGGCGCUUGUUCGGUUCUCGGCGAUUUCGGGCUGAGGUACGGCAGGAGCGAGUCGGCGCGCGCCGCGUUCGACAAUGCGACGCACGCGACGGUGGGCGGUCUCACCUGGACGUUGAUCGUCGUCCUCUCGCGGAAGUCGGUCGCGCGCAAUCUGAACAGCGUAUUCUCCUGCUUCUUGCUGGCGUCCUUCAUCGAUCUGGAUCACUUUAUCGCGGCGCGCAGCUGGCACAUCCAUGAUGCCACGCAUUUGCAAAAGCGACCUUUCCUACACUGCACCACCGUUCCUAUUGUACUGUGGACACUUUUCAUCUCAUUUUCCAAUGCCUUCCACUCUCCUCUAUUGGAACACACUUCCUGGGUGAUCCUGGCCGCCUUCCUGAGUCACCACAUACGAGACGGUACCAGACGAGGUCUGUGGUUCUGUCCUUUCGGAUCUACCCGUCCUAUUCCAUACUACUUAUACGUGAGUCUUUGUAUGUCCCUUCCUUACAUACUACAUUGGCUUAUGAGGCUGCACACAUUUACGCCGAAGAGUAACGACGAUAUUAUUCUCAUUGAUGUAUAAGAUUCGCUUUAUAAUGCGCAUAUUGCAUACCGAGUGUCCAAAUAAUCGGACACUUUUUCAAAGCUGUACAUAUAGAAAUUAUAUUAAGUAUUUAAUUAUCAACAAAGAAGAGUAGUCAUCAAAUAUCAACAUUUUCAUAGUUUGUAAGGAGGAUAGUUUCUCCUAUGGAAGGAGAAAAAACUAAAGCUAAAAUUGAGCUGGAAGAAAUAGAUAUGAAGACAUUUUUUAUUAAAUUAAAUACAUAUAAUGUUUGUUUUUUUAGUAGAAUCUUAAUUUUAAAUUAAAUUAUUUAAUUAAAAGACAUCUAACGUGUUAUGAGAUGUCACAUUUACAGUCAUGGGUGAUUUUAAACCAUUUUUAUUUGUUUUAUUCGAAUACAGAUGUUUAAGAAUUGUAAUAGUAUUACGUAUUUUUUUAUUAUUUUUCUAAGAAUAUCUGCAUACGUAAAACAUUUAAAAAAUGCAUAAAAAUA